AUGACAGCCGUAGAAGAUACAACGAUCCCCUAUGAUCGACAGAUGACGAUGGAGGCGAUCCUCGCUCGUGACCAAAGGACCACGUCGCACAGAGUUCACGAUCAUCGUGCUGUCCAGAACAACGUGACAGCUAUGACAGCAACUGCCAUAAAAACGUCAAUGAAACAGUGCAAAAGUCUGGAAGCGAAUGCUCCGUACGCAGGUGCGAUCCCGUCCAGAAUAAAAAAGAACGAUCAUGCACAGAGACACUUGCAAAGUGAUUCAUACCUCGUACCUGCAUUUUACGACGAUCGAAGGAUACGAUCGAGACACAACGCAUCCAUCACCGCGACCACGUGGCUGAGGUUAGGCAGUCUUCUAGUGACACUGCUCGUGGUCUCGGUGCAGGGCGCUCCGACGAUGACCCUUGAGAAUAGACGACUGAGUUCGCCCCCGAAGUGGGUGAAUCCCUGUGGCCUUGCCGCCGAAGACUUUACCGGUGAUUUGGACGUGGUGCAGUUAACCGACUCGCAGCUUCUGCACCAAGUUGUUGUUCAGGCGAAAACGGCGCUGAUGCACGCGGAGCUUUUUCGUGAUGAUUACGUGAAGCGAACCUUCAACAUUGACUUCGCUGAUUUGCACUCCACGUUUAAGGAUAAUCAUUACGACUGGCUUCCGGGGCCAAAAGAAAUUCCUAAACAACUCGGAGAACCGCUCGACCAAGAGUAUCUUGCCAAAUUAGAACUCGACACGGCCCUUAUCGAUGCAUACGAAUACAUGCAAAAGUAUGCAGUGGGUUUGGAGCAAAUAGUUUGGGAUCAAGAGGAUCUUCAACUCGAGUUUCGCAAGCAAUUUAAGGACACGGAGUACAAACUGCGAACGGUUCUCUGCGAGUUACAAGUAGCACUAGUGGAGCGUCAACUAUCGUCGCGGCCGGACGUCACCCGCGACAUCAUGAAGUCCGAAUUCCGGACAAUGUCUUCAUCCGAGACGUAUCGAAAUCUACGCGAUUGGCUGAUCUUUCGGGAUUACAUGAACGGCCUCGAAUACGUGGUGCAGGUGUUUGAACACUUACGCCGCGGUCUUCAGUCCUGAGGAUGGCAGGGCGAAAGCCGAAGAAGGGCUACCAGGCGACGACUCACCCAUCUAAGGAAAC